AUGUGCCAGCGACGGUAUGUCAACGACAUCCUCAAGCGCUUCGGCAUGGAUGCGUGCAAGGCCACAGCAAGUCCGGUCGACUUGAGCACUCGGCUUGUCGCAAGCACCGAAGCGGCCAAGAUCGACGUUCCGUUUCGUGAAGCUGUGGGAGCUUUGAUGCACUUGACGACUGCGACGCGCCCGGACAUUGCGUAUGGUGUGGGGUACGUCUCGCGCUUCAUGGAGAAUCCGCAGCAAGAACAUUGGACGGCGGUGAAGCGCAUCUUUCGUUACUUGCAAGGGACCAAGUCGCAUGGACUCCGCUUCCAGCCAAGCGACAAGAUCGACUUUCGUGGCUACUCGGACGCGGAUUGGGCUGGCGACCACGCUGACCGCAAGUCGACUUCGGGUUACACUUUCAUGCUGAUGGGUGCUCCUGUGAGUUGGGGAAGCAAGAAGCAGUCAAGUGUGUCGCUGUCGACGAGUGAAGCGGAAUACAUCGCACUGAGUCUGGCCAUCCAGGAAGGCAAGUGGGUGCAUCGCCUGCUAUGCGAGAUUUUGGCGGCCGCAAACGAACCAGGACCGGACCUCGUCAUCCGUGAAGACAACCAGUCGUGCAUCAAGAUGACGAAGAAUCCGGUGAAUCAUGGCCGCGCCAAGCACAUCGACAUCAAGUACCAUCACAUCCGUGAUGAGGUCAAGCGCGGGGAAGUGCAGCUCGAGUAUUGCGAGACUUCCGUGAUGAUGGCGGACAUCAUGACCAAGGGACUUUCGGGACCUCGUCACAAGGACUUGACGACGGCUCUCGUCAUUCGUGCGAGUUCGGAUUGA